GACCAGAGGCCGAACUCGGGAUCUGACAAGAUGGCCGGGCUGCCCCGAAGGAUCAUCAAGGAAACCCAGCGUUUGCUGGCGGAACCCGUUCCUGGCAUUAAAGCAGAACCAGAUGAGAGCAACGCCCGUUAUUUUCAUGUGGUCAUUGCUGGCCCCCAGGAUUCCCCCUUUGAGGGAGGGACUUUUAAACUUGAACUAUUCCUUCCAGAAGAAUACCCAAUGGCAGCUCCUAAAGUACGUUUCAUGACCAAAAUUUAUCAUCCUAAUGUAGACAAGUUGGGAAGAAUAUGUUUAGAUAUUUUGAAAGAUAAAUGGUCCCCAGCACUGCAGAUCCGCACAGUUCUGCUAUCAAUCCAGGCUUUGUUAAGUGCUCCCAAUCCAGAUGAUCCGUUAGCAAAUGAUGUAGCGGAGCAGUGGAAGACCAACGAAGCCCAAGCCAUAGAAACAGCUAGAGCAUGGACUAGGCUAUAUGCCAUGAAUAAUAUUUAAAUCGAUCCGAUCAUCAAGUGUGCAUCACUUCUCCUGUUCUGCCAAGACUUCUUCCUUUUUUGUUUGCAUUUAAUGGACACAGUCUUAGAAACAUUACAGAAUAAAAGCCCAGACAUCUUCAGUCCUUUGGUGAUUAAAUGCACAUUAGCAAAUCUA